ACCCUCAUACGAUCCACCUUUUAUAUUCAUUGUAAACCCCCCAAUUUCUAUUCGAUUCACUUGAUUCAACUCUUUCCACCAGAGAUUUUAAGGGUCAUUUCAUCACACAAACUUUGAACCUCACCUGCAUUUUUUCUCAGCUUCUCUUUGCGGCGAGAAGAAGAUGGGGUGGUGAGGCUGGGAAUGCAAUUGGAGAAUUGGGGAGAAGAGAGGGAGCAAAUCAUACACGAUGCCGUCGUUGCCCUCAAGCUCGGGAUCGGAAAAUGUAGAGGAUAGCAAUAAAAAGAAUAGUUCUAUGGUGUAUCUCAAUGUGUAUGAUCUUACGCCUGCCAACAAUUAUCUUUACGUAUUCGGGGUUGGAAUCUUUCAUUCGGGUAUAGAAGUGCAUGGUAUGGAAUAUGGCUUUGGAGCACAUGAGUACCCAACAAGUGGUGUUUUUGAGGUGCAACCUAGAAGCUGUCCUGGCUUCAUCUUCAGACGUUCAAUAUUGUUAGGCAGCACUGAUAUGUCUUAUUCAGAAUUUCGAUCUUUCAUUGAGCGCCUUUCUGCGAAAUAUCAUGGAGACACUUACCAUCUGAUUGCUAAGAAUUGCAACCAUUUCACAGAUGAAGUUUGCCAACAACUAACUGGAAAGGCUAUACCUGCAUGGGUAAAUCGGUUGGCUCGUGUUGUUUCAGGUUCUUUCUGCAAUUGUCUUCUGCCUGAAAGCCUUCAGGUUGCUGCUGUUAGACACCUUCCUGAACAUCUUGAAUGUUCUGAUGAUGAGGGAUCAGAAUCUGAUGGCCUUUCGGAAUCAGUUGAUAGUGAAGACGAGGGUUCAAAUCACCAUCUGCUAACUUCACCAACUCGUGAAGUCUCCUUUAUAAGUGAAAAACCAAUGACUCUAGCGCGAGAUCUCCAAUGAUUUUCAUUUGUUGCUCCAAUUAUUGUUGUUGUUAUUUAUUAAUGUUAUUCUUUCUUGCUUCUAAUGUAUCUGCGAUCUUAGCUCUCAGGGUGUAGCAAGUUUUCUAAACUGGAAUAUUGGAUACCCAAGAGACAUGUUUUGUAUUACAAAGACGAUAGCCUGUUGUAUAUUUCUUGUCUGUUUCAAAUCGAAUGGUUGUCUUCUA